AUGGCGUCAAACAGCAGCGACAAUUUCCAACACAGACCACGCCCGAGAAACGGACCUCCUCCGCCGCGGCGUCAAGGGAGAAAUCCGCCGCCUCCGUCGUCGUCAACGCGAACUCAGAAUCAGCCACAACAGCAGACGCAGGAGAAGCGGAAACCUGUGUUCGUCAAGGUCGAUCAACUGAAACCAGGCACGAGCGGGCACAAUCUGACCGUUAAGGUUGUCGAUCAGAUCUCCGUCCCUCAGAAGACCGGCGUUGCUGCUUCCUCUUCUCACCUCCGACCUACUCGGAUCUCUGAGUGUCUCGUUGGAGAUGAGACUGCUUCCAUCCUCUUUACCGCUCGAAACGAUCAAGUGGAGUUGAUGAAACCAGGAGCUACUGUGAAUCUCCGAAAUGCUAAGGUAGAUAUGUUCAAGGGAUCAAUGAGGCUUGCUGUUGACAAAUGGGGUCGUAUCGAGGUCAUUGAACCGGCUGACAUAACUGUUAAAGAGGACAACAAUCUGUCCCUUGUGGAGUACGAGCUCGUCAAUGUCAAUGAAUGA